AUGUGCCGGUUUUUGGUCUACAAGGGCAGCGACGAGAUUCUCCUCUCGAAGCUCGUCCUCGACCCGGCGCAUUCCAUCCUCAAGCAGUCAUUCGACUCGCGCCUCCGACUGGAUACCCGCCGCGGACAGAACAAUGCAGAUGGCUUCGGCCUUGGUUUCUACACCGACGCAAGACUGGGCGCCGCCCCGUGCCUCUUCACCUCGACCACACCGGCCUGGAACUGCGUGAACCUGCAGCGAAUUGCCUCCAAAACUGCGUCGAGAUUGAUCUUUGCCCAUGUCCGAGCCACCACCGAAGGGUCGCUCAGCGAGGACAAUUGUCACCCGUUCUGCCACGGCAGCUUAAUGUGGAUGCACAAUGGUGGUCUAGGCGGUUGGAAACAAAUCAAGCGGAGGCUCGGUGAGCGGUUGGCCGACAAGUGGUAUCUGAAUGUGGUGGGCGGCACCGACAGCGAGUGGGCGUUUGCCUUAUUCCUGGACACGCUGGAACGGAUGGGUCACGAUCCCAGCUCACAGCCCGAGAGCGGAUUUGGGCCGACAGUCCUUAGAAAGGCAAUGCUCAAGACGAUUGCGCUGAUCAACGAACUCAUCGACAACAUUCCCGAGAGCGUCAUUCAUGCCGAGAACGUCGACACCAGGAGUCUCCUGAACUUCUCCGUCUCGGAUGGCCACACCAUCAUCUGCACUCGGUACAUCGGCAGCUCCUCAGAUGAGGCUGCCAGUCUGUAUUAUUCGUCCGGCACUCUGUGGGAAACAAGGGCACCAACGCCUGGUAGCCGGGACUACCAGAUGGAGCGAAGUGACAAGGGCGCAGACGUGGUCCUAGUGGCAAGCGAGCCCUUGACCUUUCGAGCGGAGACGGUCAUGGUGCAUCCGAUCAUGGACCAGUACUACGACCGCAACCCGCAACACCGCCGGUCAACCGCCUUUGUCAGCACAAAAGGGCUUUCAGCCAACGAGAAAGGCACCUCCAGGGCCGGCACACCUUUUGGUCUUCCGGCGGGCAUUCCGUCCGUCUCCGCCGCAGCGCAUCUUCCCGAUCACCCAGAACCCCUCAAACAGCGCUUACGUGGGCCAACCAUCCCAUCCAUACCGGCCAGCCUUUCCGCACCUCGCGUGCUCGAUACCUUCUCUUCUACCUCGACCCUGCCGCGCUCCCGGACGCCGCUCUCCCACGCGGAGACCGUCGCCCCAGAACCGGCAUCCCUACAGCCGCCGCCCACGGACGUCAGGGCGCUCACAGCGCCUCCUCUCCUUCGAGCCACGUCACAACAACCGCCGUCGCAGGGCAAUAUCAAGAAGAAGAGGGCCUCACUGAGCGCGGUGGAGGCAGUACACGGCGGGGCCUCGGCUGGAUUGGUGCAGUACUUUGAUACGAGUCCGAUCACGCCGGAGCCGGUACGGACCGAGUUUGGGACCCCCGACAAGAUUGCGCGCAUGUUUCCUGAGUUGGCUUUGCAAUGA